GUUGAAUUUCACUUCUCACGAACAUCCGCACCAACAAUAAGUUGCCAGCCAACCUCACCACAACCAAAUAUGUUACCACGACAAGCCGCCUUUCGCCUUUUGCGGCGGAUAGCCCUACAAGACUUUAAGUCUGCCCCCAGGAUAGCGGUAUUCCAGAAACCCAUCUCUCGGCCCCUCCACUUCUUCGCCACGCCCAGCCUACGAAACGCUAUUAAACCCUUCGAAAUCCCUCGCAAAACCACAGAAGCCCCGGCCGAUCAGCCUGCAUAUGAGAUGACCUUUACCUGCAAGCCGUGCUCCACGCGCUCGACACAUCGAGUCUCGAAGCAGGGGUACCAUAAGGGGAGCGUGCUGAUAAGUUGCCCGGGGUGCAAGAACAGACACGUUAUUAGCGACCAUCUAAAUAUCUUUGGCGAUAAAUCAAUGACAAUCGAGGAUAUAAUCCGAGAGCAGGGCCAGCUGGUUAAGAAGGGAACGUUGAGCGAGGAUGGGGAUUUUGAGAUAUGGGCCGAUGGAACUGUAACCGAUAGGCCCAAGCCUACGGGAGAGGGCGAGGGGGCAAAGGUCCAAGAAGUGGCAGCCCCUACCGAGAAACUAUAAGGCGACACGAAUUUCACGGGUGAUGAUGGCGACUGUUUGAAUAGGGGCACGAUAUAUCCACGAUUGGCAUAUAAUGCCCAGCAUGUAGUAUUAUUGGAGGUUGUCACACAUAGAUUUGUAAGAUAGGUUGUAUAACACUUGUACGAGAAGCUGUAUAAAUCAACAAUAUAGUCAGG